GGUUACCAUGGUAAUAGCUGAUCACACGACUAGUUGGCUAACUACUAGCUAGCUAGCCAUCAUGGGCGUUGACAAUUUCAAGAUGGCACUUUGAUGAUGGGCUGAAGGAUACAACUGCUUACUAACUGACCAAAUGAGAUAACAGCACAGCAGCAAUGUCUUCCUUAGAAAAGGAAAUUACUGACCUUCAUUUAAGCCUUGAUUGUGGUGAUAAUGCUGUGAAAACACAUACCCCGCACAUUCUACCAGAGUGUGUUGGACCUAUACAGAUCACUGAGUAUGCCACAUCUGACACCCAAUAUUUCAGCAGACGAAACUUCAAAUAUGUUAUGGAUUGCAUUUUGAAGAACACUACUUUAAAGAAUUUGUAUCUUGAAGGUAAUGAAAUAUCCAGGCUUCCGGAUACGCUGUUCACCAGUUUGUCAAACUUGGUGUGGUUAGAUCUCAGAAAUAACCAAAUCACAGCCCUUCCUGCGAAAAUUGGUCUACACAGAUGUCUGAAAACGUUGCUGCUAGAAGGGAAUCCUAUCACAGAGCUUCCACUGGAAUUGGGUAACGUGAUUACUCUCAAGGCCCUGAGUUUGAGGCAUUGCCCCAUCACGUUUCCACCUCAAGAGGUUGUGGGGCAGGGCCUCCAAUGCAUCCUACAGUACCUACGGAGUGCCAUGGCCGAACGACCGGUUAGUGUGCGGAACUCUCUUCCAGACAUGCCCCCAGUGGAGAAGCUACAGUUGACAGAGCUUGUAAAGUCCAGUUUGGACCUUUGUGAAGAGGUGGUGGAUGAAGAUGAACUGCAGAGGUUCAGAGAGCUGAGGCAGAAGAUGAGCCAAAUGGACAGAGCUGAGUUGGGCUAUGCCCUCCCUAUUUCACGCCUCCCUAGAGCAGCAGAGGGUGAUAGAGGCCACAAGACAUACCCCCUGCCCGUCAUUAAAAGAAAGAAAGAGAUUACCAGGGGAAAUAUAUUUCCCGAGCUCCCUCCCUUUGACAUGCAGUACUGGAAGAGGUCAGAGGAGAGAAGACUGGCUGCAAUGAAAGAGCUUAAAGAAAAACAAGCCAUUCUUGAACAAAGGAGGAAUUUCAGAAAGCAGGGGUGUAUUGUGUCAAAUUGGCAUUUGAUGAAGUCCCAGAAAGGGAGGGAUCAAUAUUAUGUGUCUGCAAAGGCCAAUGCCAAUAAGGGAGACCAAGAGCUCCUCAAGGAAUGGCGUACUCAUGCUAGGGUCAUGCAGGAGAGGAAAAUCUUAGAGCACAAGCAGGAAAGGCGUGAGAGACAUAGAAGAGAAGAGACGUUGAAAAAGAUAGCGUCAGGCUGCGCAGACACUCAGUUGAGGCUGUCCAGGUCAGGGGCAGCGACAGGCCUAGCUAACGAUGGAUCACUGUGCCUCCAGUGUGCCGAGUCAGUCAUCCUGCAGUCAGAUGUCCCCAGCGAGGCUGCACCACAGCUGGUACCGAUAAAUGCUCCAUACGCCACAGAGUCUCUGUGUAGUGUUGUUGAAAGUGGUGAGGUCAAGACCCACAACCCCCCACCAAAGAGGAUCCAGAGACAGAGAUCGUUCCUGUCCCAGAAGGAACACGAGGAAGCCAGGGCAGCCCGCGACCGGGAGUUAGAGCAGCGGAUCAGGAGCCAUGUUCAGAUGAUCCAGGAGAGGCGCAGGAGGCCCAGUGGCACUGCCCAAGAGGAGACAGAAGCUGCAAGGCAGGACAUGGAGGAAGCCAAGAGAUUGCAGUCGGAACUUGCUGAGAGGAAACAGGAGAGCGACAUCGAGUAUCGAUUCAUCGCAUUUACUGGGGAGAACUCACCAAGAUGCUAUGACAAGUGAAAGUAUUUGUGUGUGUAGACCUACUGCCAUUUAGAAAUGUUGCCGUAUUAAAUGAAUUGACAUUGUAUGCAAAGAAGUCGUACAGGACAGGGUAGUAUGGAAUUAUAGCACUCUACAAACAGUUUACAAUGGCAUCCGAUACCCAAUCAUCAAUAAACAUUUCAGCCUGUUACACGCACAUCAUUAGUUAAGUGUAAAGUGCUUGUGUUCCAAGAUAAACACACCCUCAUUCAUCAAGUCAAUCAGUGCUAAAUAGCAGCCUAAUAGGUCACUGUAUUUCAGGUCCUUGCAACUGUACAACAGCUAUACAGGGGUUGAUCAUGUAUACUUAUUUGACUGUAUGUGUGCCUAUAGCCUAAAUUCAGUGCUUGACUUUGACUUCAAUAGGUUCCGGUACUCCUUUUGGGUGCUGGAAUCAAUAGGUUCCGGUACUCCUUUUGGGUGCUGGAACUGUUUAUAUUAAGGUGCAGAAGCUCUAUAAGAGUAUUCCAUAAGAGGAAUAGGAGCUCAAGCAGUAGAGCUCCUGCCCAAGUCAAGCACUGCCUAAAUUACUUAUUGAUACAGUUGGCUUGGAUACAGACAGUAAAUAUGGGGGUGAUUCAUGUAAACCAGGGCAGUUUGAAGGUAGGAAUAUAUGUAAUUUGGAAUGGCACGAUAAAAAAUGGCCUGACGCUAACAUUAAAAUGGAAGGGGGAAAUGUAUCAGGGGGCAGCUGGUAGCCUAGUGGUUAGAGCGCUGGGCCAUUUGCUAGAUCGAAUCCCUGAGCUGAGAAGGUAAACAUCUUUCGGUCUGAGCCUGAACAAGGCAGGUAACCCACUGUUCCUAGGAUGUCAGUGUAAAUAAAAUAAAAAUGUUCUUAACUGA